AUGAGGAUCCAUGCCGAGAAGAUGGGACUGAUUCCUAAUACUGUCGCUUCCAAUCCAACUUCCACUAGGAUCGUCGUUCCCAACGCUCAACAGGCUCGACCCGACAAUCUCGCCUUCGCGAGGAGAUUCAAUCUCAACAAUCACAAGCAGACCUUUGAGGCCGGCAAUCACUAUAAGGAGAACGGGAUCACAAAGUACCGCGUCUCUGGUACCAAUAAGGCCAUGACGCUCUCUCGAGUCUGCGAAACGUACCAAAGUCAGCACUGGGGUCGAAUGCACGAGCUACUCUUCCCCAAAGGCAGCAUCAAUUUCGGAAUGGGUCGAAUCACACAACUCCUCAAGUGCGGGCAAUGCACUGGCAAUGAUAGGUCACCUCUCGGCCAAUACGGAAGUGUUGCCUCCGCAGACAACCUUCUCCGGGACGUCGCUGCCUCCCCCAUAGACUCACACGGUCACCAUACUAGGACCGAAUUCUAUCGCCUGGCUCACUUUACACGGAGCAAAGACCUUAAUGACGCUUCCAUCAUCCUUGACACCCUUCGACAACCCAUCCAGGGAGGAGAGCUCACCGACACCAGUAUCGGCUCAAGCCGCACUUUGGAAUACGCUACUCUGGCUUUCAGGAUCGAAGAAGAGGAUUUCCUCGGCCCUCACAGUCUACGCGUCCAACACGAUUUCUACAUCGUCGACAAGCUCAAGGCAAGGCGUCGAGUGGAUCCGGGGGCAACGCAUCGUGCUUGA